UUUUUCUUCUUUCGUUUUUGAUGUUGUAAAUCUUGAUGCUACAUAAAUUGUUGGUGUUUGAGAUUUCAUGUCUCCGGUUGUGAGUGAAAUCCUCCGGUCUGGGUUUAUGAUAAAUUCCUCACUCAGACGCAGGACCCAUCUUGUUCAGUCUUUCUCAGUCGUCUUCCUCCACUGGUUCUAUGUUUUCCAUAAUUAAACUCUCUGUAAUAGAAUGACUUUCAUUUCAUAUGCAUCUAACACAUAAUAAAAUCAAAUAUAUAAAUCUCUAAAUCAGCUAAAAAUAAUUAGAAUCCGGGUCCUGUCGUCUUUCAUCGGUGAGUUUGGUGUAAAUAUAUAAAUAUGGCUUCGUCUAGUGGAAACUCCAACUCUCCAGGUUCAACUCUGCUCCAGAAUUCAGGGUCUGAAUAUGAUUUGCAUCAGUUGAUGGAUCAAAGGAAAAGGAGGAGAAUGGAAUCGAACAGGGAAUCAGCAAGGAGGUCCAGGAUGAGAAAACAAAAGCAUUUACAUGAUUUAAUGGUCCAACUGAGUCGCCUGAGGAAAGAAAAUCAUCAAAUCCUCACAAGCAUCAACUUCACCACCCAUCAGUACUUGAACAUGGAGGCUGAGAACUCAGCUUUGGGAGCUCAGAUUAUGGAACUAAGCCAAAGAUUAGAUUCUCUAAAUGAGAUCCUUAAUUAUUUCAAUAAUCCCACAAUAAGCAAUGGGGUUUAUGAAAGUGAAGCUUUUGAGACAAGCGCUGAAAGUUUGUCAUGCAUUUACCAACCAAUUGUGGUCUCUGGAGGUAUCUUUCAGUACUGAUCUUCAUAUGACAUUAGGUGUUUCUGGUUUAUUACAAUGAUAUUAAACUCC